GGAACGUAAACUUGUGCUUGAACUUGCUUCUGUGAUGUCCGGUGUAUGCUCAGACGAAAGCCAGAGGACAGUUGCUUUCAGAUGCUGGCUUGAACUAUUUUUUGAUGAUGAAAUUGAGAUUCAGUCAGUAGAAUCGAAUGAAGUCAACCAAAGUUCACGAAUUGGUGAACGAAAAACAGAUGGAAGUAUAUAUCCGAAGAUCGGCAGAGAUAGAGUCCUUUUAGCAAACUUAGAAGCUAAACCUGAACCUGGACCAAAUUUAUCCAUAUCCGGUGCUGUCUGUGUCCCUUUCAUAGUUUAUGAUCGCCUUACAGACAUCUUUCCACUAGAUAGAAUUACUUACAAUCGUGCUAAAGCAGAUGAUAUUGCACGAGUAUUUCUGGCCCUAAAAAACUCUAUACAUAUAUUGAAAGAUUACUAUAGUUCCGUUUAUGAGUCAAGAGAAAUUAAUUUAGAAGAAGGAACAGCUAUCAUUAAAUAUAAAAAGAGGCAUUCUAUACAUCGAAAUUUAUGGAUUGUGGAAAUCCAAACUAAAAAUACGCAAGAGAUAGGUUUAGUCAAAUUCGCCCAAACAUAUUCUAAAGAAGCACAUGGUGCAUGUUUCGAACUAGGUUUAGCACCAAAAUUAUGGGCAGUUAAUAACCUUCAACAAGGGGAGGCAAUGUAUCCUGAAAGUCUAAACCCUACUAUUAAUUGGCAUGUAGAUCACGACCAUUAUUUAGUUGAUAAUAUUUACCUCGAUAUGUCUGAUGACAAACCCUCAAAAAAGCGACGGCACCUCUCAGAAUGGAUGAGUUAA